AUGGCAACUCAACAGAUUCAGUUCUACCAAUACCGACCAGACUCGGACGCACGACAUAACGCUGUGUUCACCCCGAUGCCGACGGAGCAGCCAGUCUACAGCCCCAUGGCUGGGUACCCUCAGCAACACCCUUAUGUGCUUCACCAAUACUGGCAGCAGGCGCCGGCUCACUUUGCUCGGGGCCAUCCUCACGCACACUACAUGCCCCAACAAGUGAUGACCCCGAGGGCUUCGCCACCACUGACUCUCGCCAUGCCCAAGAUUGUUCUCGACGGCAAUGGUCAGAUGGAGCACGGCCGCUUUCUGGAAAGCAGGCACUCCUCACCUCCGACGCCAUCGCUCUCGGCGUGCCCCAGUACCGCGAGCAGCCCACCGGCCAGCAGUGUGAACCAGACGCCCGUGCACGGCGCAGGGUACUUCAACCUGCCCAUCGACACAACCAAGGAAGAGAUGCAGCCUCUUGCCUUUUUGGACGAGUGGGCGGAACACGGACAGGUGCACAUUUUCCCGCAUCCCGGCGAUGCCAAGGCGCUCCUUCCCAGCAACUGCACCGACUCCUUCCACUCGGCAACUGCCACCGUCCCGUCAAGCAGCUGCCCUUCGCCUUCCCUCACUCCUGCCUCACCGCAAUCUGUCGUCUCGCCUUCAGCCUAUCCCGUGGCUGAGUUCGUCAAUCUGCGAGAUCUCACUUCUACCUCAUUUGAGCCUGUCCUCGCCGUCCCUGCUCAAAGCUUCCCUCCUUUGCCGACUCUCUCCGCCGAAGACGACGAACACAAAUUCGCUCUCGGCAACCCAGCCUUCCCCAUCACCCCCGAGCAUGAGACCGCCGAUCCAUUCGCGCUCGUCGAGAACCCUUCGUUUGACUCAUCCUUCUGCACUGAGCUGGACUCCGAGGACGAAUUCAGCUUUGUCGACUUCACCCCUGAAGUUGCCUACAACGGAGACAAGAGGCUGAAGUUGACGGCUGCCGAAGAGGAGGACUUCCUCAGCGUUCACAGCUUUGGCAGUUUUGAUGAGGAGGACCACGCCGCUCAAGCUGGUCUGCCCUCGCCUCCUGCCUCCUCCUUUUCGGACUCGGGUUCGUGCGGUGCACCGAAGAAGAAGACUCAGCGCAAGAUGAGCAAGCGUCACAGCUCCGCUGACAGUGAACUCGAAUUCUCGAGCUUCACCCACUCGGAUGCCCACAUCCACAGCCACGCCGACGGUCAAAGCACAUCCGAGGCUACCCCUCAAGACCAGACCAACAAUGGCGAGGAUGCUGACACCCCUGCCGAAGCCGAUGGCUCUACUCCAUCCCAGGCGCCUACCAACCGCCGUGGUCGCAAGCAAUCUUUGACCGAGGAUCCCAGCAAGACCUUCGUCUGCACUUUGUGCUCUCGCCGCUUCCGUCGCCAAGAACAUCUCAAGCGCCACUACCGCUCUCUCCACACCCAAGAUAAGCCUUUCGAGUGCAACGAGUGUGGCAAGAAGUUUUCCCGAUCCGACAACCUGGCCCAACAUGCUCGCACGCACGGCAGCGGUGCCAUCGUCAUGGGUGUCCUCGAAAACGGCGAGCUCCAGCCUCAUCAACCAUAUGAUGAGGAAAUGGGCCAUGCUCUCUACGAGGCCGCCCAGCGAGCUGCCAUGGCGACGUCUUCCAGCAGCAGCGGCUCCGAAGGCUCCUCCUCGGGGGAGAGCAAGCGUGCUCUCAAGAAGAGAAAGCGAGACGAAUCCCUGUAA